AUGGAUUUCCGUCUGUCCAAGCAGAUCCAGUGCUCAGUGUGUUUGGGGGACUUCACCGACCCGGUGAGUCUGCUGUGUGACCACACGUUCUGCAGACAGUGUAUCAACAAUCACUCGCAGACCAGCAGCCGUCUACGUCUGUGUCCCGAAUGCCGUCGUCCCUACACCAGAUGGGACCUCCGAUCCAACCGGGUCCUCAGGAACAUGGUGGAUGCCGUAAAAGAACACCUUACAGAGCAACAAGUCAUGCGGGACAAGAGCACGGGUGCCUGCGGGGAGGACGGUGAGAGAGCAGGGGUGCUCACAGAGCCAGAGAAGCUGGUGUGCCCCGACCACGACGAAAGACUAAAACUCUUCUGUGAGACAGAUCAGAAACUGGUGUGUUUAAUAUGUAGAGACGGUGAUAAACACCAAGGCCACAAGUUCAAGCCGGUGGACGAGGCUUCGGAACCUAAGAAGGAGACGUUACGAGAGCCGUUAGGUUUCCUGGUGAAGGAGAACAAAGAGCUGGAGGAUCUGAUACAAAAACAGGCAAAUGAGAUCACAAAAACUAAGGAGAGAUCCAAGCAACUUUCAGCUCAGAUCUCCUCUCAGUUUGAGGAGAUGCACCAGUUUCUGAGGGAGAAGGAGCAGGAGGUAAAGACUCUGCUGGAGAAUGAAGAGAGGACCAUGGUGGAGAAGAUGCAGGAAAACAGAAAUAAAAUGGAGGAGGAACUAAAUGCUGGAAAUGAGCAGGAGAGGGUUGUAAAGUUGGUCCUGGAAACUGAUCAUUCUGACGCCUUUCUGCAGUGGUGGACAGAACAUGGGCUGGACUUUGUUGAGGGCAUGAGGGAAACAGAAAGUUGUUCUAGAAGGAAUGACAAUGCUACUCAGUUAAAGUCAAGGGUAAAAGGCCUCAGCGUGACUCCCGAGUCCCUGUUCCUUGGUCCAUAUGAGACUCAUUUACAGUUCUUUGUGUGGAAGAAGAUGCUUAGUUCCAUUAAACCAGUUCCUGAUCGGAAUGCAAUAUCUGACUGCCAUGAUCCGUACCUGAGGGUUUAUUCUGAUGGCCGCAGUAUAACCCGGACAGCCAAAAAGGGGAUUUUCUAUCGCCAGAAGGACUACAGACCCCUAGCCAGGACCCAUAAGACCUUCCAUUCCGGCCAGCAUUACUGGGAAGUGGAUGUAGGAGAAAAGACCGACUGGAGCGUGGGUGUCGACGGAGGACGUAUAAGCUACUUAAAUAAGGACAUCAGCCUUCAUCUCAAGUACGACCAGGGCUACACUAUUAAAGAAAAUGGUACAGAGACUGACAAGGAGCUGGCAGGAAAGCCACGCAGGAUAGGACUGUACCUGGACUGUGACAGGCGUCAGGUUUGCUUCUACAAUGCUGAUGAUAUGAAUCUCCUCCACACCUCCACAUAUUCUUCCUCUACUUCUUAUUUUCUGAGUCUGUCGCCCGGGGCGUAUCUGCAGGGCAGGAACACUGACCCUCUAAUAGUCUGCUGGAACUAAAAAGCAACGAUGAUUCAGGGUUUGUGAGAAAU